GCGGCGGUAGAGCCGCGGCCCGGUUUGCGCGCGUGAUGCGACGCCUCGCCCCGCCCCUUCUCCAGCCAUGGCGCUGAACAAGUCCAUGCACGCGAGAAACCGCUAUCGGGACAAACCGCCGGACUUCGCCUACCUGGCGUCCCGGUACCCGGCCUUCCGCCAGCACGUGCAGACCAGUCUCUCCGGCCGGGCCAGCCUAAAUUUCAAGGAUCCAGAAGCUGUGAGAGCUCUGACAUGCACUCUCUUGAAAGAAGAUUUUGGACUUACAAUUGAUAUACCAUUAGAGAGGCUUAUUCCUACUGUUCCCUUGAGGCUUAACUAUAUUCAUUGGGUGGAAGAUCUAACUGGUCAUCAAGAUGGUGAUAAACAAGCUCUUAGAAGAGGAAUUGACAUAGGUACCGGGGCAUCUUGCAUCUACCCAUUACUUGGAGCGACUUUGAAUGGGUGGUAUUUCCUAGCCACAGAAGUGGAUGAUAUGUGUUUCAAUUAUGCAAAGAAAAAUGUGGAACAGAAUAAUUUAUCUGAUCUUAUAAAAGUGGUUAAAGUACCACAGAAGACUCUUCUAAUGGAUGCCCUAAAAGAGGAAUCUGAAAUCAUUUAUGAUUUUUGCAUGUGCAACCCUCCCUUUUUUGCCAACCAGUUGGAAGCCAAGGGAGUAAAUUCUCGAAAUCCUCGACGGCCCCCACCCAGCUCUGUGAACACUGGAGGGAUCACAGAGAUCAUGGCUGAAGGAGGAGAACUAGAAUUUGUCAAAAGAAUUAUCCACGAUAGUCUGCAGCUUAAAAAAAGAUUGCGGUGGUAUAGCUGCAUGCUGGGAAAGAAAUGCAGUUUAGCUCCACUAAAAGAAGAACUUCGAAUCCAGGGGGUUCCUAAAGUUACCCACACUGAAUUCUGUCAAGGCCGUACCAUGAGGUGGGCACUGGCAUGGAGUUUCUACGAUGAUGUCCGAGUGCCUUCACCUCCCUCUAAAAGAAGGAAGUUAGAAAAGCCCCGGAAGCCAAUUACAUUUAUAGUGUUGGCAUCAACAAUCAAAGAGUUAUCCAUCAAGGCUUCAGCUAUGGGCUGGGAUGCUGUGGAAGGCAUAGCAGUGGUUACAAAGUGGAUCGAAAAAAUACUGACUGAUCUGAAGGUUCAGCAUAAGUAUGUUCCCUGUGGAAAGGAUGAAGUUAGUCUGUUUCUAACAGCCAUUGAAAACUCUUGGGUUCAUUUAAGAAGAAAGAAACGAGAAAGAGUAAGGCAGCUACGAGAACUUCCUCGAGCUUCUGAAGAUAUUCUGCAAGCAAUGGAAGAGGAGAAGAGCAGUCAGAAAGAGACAGACAACCCAGAGUGUGAACAAAACAAGACUGAAAACUUCGAAAUGGGGUCAGUGAUACUUGAUGAGGAUGUCAGCUCAGCCAAGAAUGAUAGGCAAAGGGAAGAUUCCCCUACCAAAGGAGGAAACAAUGAGGAACUCAUGGACGAGGAGGACAUAGAAGCAAAGCAAGCAGAAACGUUAGCUGGUGAAGACUCCAGUGAUGCAAAGGAGGAGCCUGAUGCUUCAGAGGAUGCUGGCAAUCUAACAAUGGGAAAAGGACAAAGUCCCAAAGGAACUAGUGGACACUUUCUUUUUAAGUGUUUAAUAAAUGUGAAGAAAGAAGGGGAUGAUGCAUUAGCGGAGAUGCACUGGGUUGAAGGACAGAACAGAGAUUUAAUGAACCAACUGUGCACCUACUUACGAAAUCAAAUUUUUCGACUCAUUGCUAGUUAGUCCUUAUUCAGAAUAUGGUAGGAAUAGGUCAAUUCUAGAUUUUUUUUGUAAUCUUUUUAAUAGACUAAAAGAAACUUUUUGUGCUAGCAAGGUUUUUAAGAAGAAAUGACCAAAAUUGAGAUGAAAAUCAACUUUAUUUUUAAACAGAGCCUUUUUUAAAUACAAGGAAUCAUAGGUAUAUAACAAUGAGGGGUAGGAGAAACAGUGCUUAAAAAGCACUUUAGUGUUCUAGCUGUAAAAUUGCUUCAUAAAUGGAAACCUAUUUUAGCAGUAGCUCUGUAGUUGGUUUCAUAUGGCAACAUUACAGCUGAUUUCUGGUCUUUCUGAUCUGACUUGGUGGAAAUACAGUUCUCUUUGCUGAAUAGAAAUAAUCAUUACAAUAUUAAAUUUUUACAUCAUUAUUAUUGUAGGAAUAUAAGGGUUUUUUCAGUCCUUACUCAUAUAGAUUAGCCUGCAACUCUGUGUAUUGUCUUUUGCAGCCAGGAAUCUUCCUUGAAGGGAUGGCACUUGCCACCCUCCUCCAUCUCCCUUCCCUAUGUGUUUGCCCUCAGCUGAGCGACAUCUUUAACAGGUGACAGUUUUUUAAAUGACAGCUCAUAAAAGCACAAAAUAGUAUGGGAGAGCUGAGUAGCUUUACAGAUGUUCAUGAAUCUUGAAUUUUCGUUAAUGGGCUAUUGGUUAAUGGGCUUUUUAACAAAUAUCAGAAUUUGCAUAGAUUUUUCUGCUUUUCAAAAGUUUAAAAAUGAAAAAUGAUUUGUGCUCCUCCUCCAACAUAAAGUUAAGAAAAAUUUAACUGUGGCACACAUUGUUUUAGACCAUGUAUCCCCACUGAUACAAGAGAUGAAAUGUAGUGUGAUGGUUUCAAGCAAUUAUUCCUGAAAGAUUGGGCUGCACUUUAAACUUAAAUUUCUUUGAAGUAUUUAAUGAGGGGGGGGGUGAGAGAGAGGGAAUUAGAGUAUAUGUGCCUCAUCUCCAUGGACCAGAAAAACUCAUCACAGGGGAUAACAGAAUGGAUAGGAAAACAGAUUAAUAUGAUGAACAGUGAAGAUGGGAUGGGGAUAGAAUUCAGCUGUAGAACUCAAAGAAUUUGGAGUACCAACUGCUGACGUCUUAUGCUUUUGCACAUGCUUCAGGGCCCUGUGCCCUCUAGUUGGAGCUAUACUGCCGGAGUUUCCUUGGUCAUUGCUGUACCUGGAGUCUAUUUCCCUCAAGUGCUAUAUCCCCGCAGCAGGGAUUCUGCAUCAGGCUGCAUUAAUCUUCUGGUGGUUUUUCACACAGAGUUGGUGGAGGAAUUAUGGGCACUGCUAUCCCCAUCCACCAACCAGUCUCCCAAGGGAUGAGCUUGUCCAUGCAGAGGUUCACCACAGGGUGUGGAGAGGACAGGAUAGCUGAUGCUCUCUCUGGAAAUGGCAAGAUCUGUUAGUGGAGGGUUCUGAAGUGGCCCAGUGAUAGGAAAAUGAGUGUAAGUAUGCAUUAUACUGGUAUGGGCCAUAGAUAUAAAGGUGGAAUCCGCAGUAGGAGAAAGAUACAUUGUUGACGUUUUGUAGCAAAUGCACCUGCUCAUGCUGUUGGGAUCACUCUGAAUAUGUGUUACUCAUCAAGGGUUCCAAAAAAUUCAGCAGAAACUGACCUCUGUCUUUUGCACCACAGCAGGCCAGAGAAGCAAGAUAUACUAUUUAAGUCCUGACCUUAAUCUCUGAACCUCUGGUAAACAGUUACACAGUAUUGGAUUUGAUAUCAUAAAAUUGUUCUGGUACUUUGGUUUUUAUUAAAUUAUUUUAUUUGGAUCAGAUUUUAACAAAACUGAGGUGACUGAAAGGAAAUGGAGGUGAUACAAUCUGACCUGGACCAUUAUCUUUUAAAAGAAUGCACUAAAUGUAGUCAAAUUGCCUGAAAAUGUCAUGAUUUCCUUGAAGUUUCAUAUACUGCAAGUAAAAUUAAUACUAUGGUUGUUUACCAUAAAAGUAAAAAAUUGAGAACAUAUUUGUAUGGAAGAGACUUUAAAAUAUUUAUGCCUUUGACUUAAUGGAUUCAAUUUUGAGUUAGAAAGAUCAAUGUUUUUCCUGUGUAGCAGUAAAGAAAAAUACUUCUGAGAGAAUUUUAGAUUUGUUCUCAGGUUUCAUUAACCAACAGAUGUCAUGCUAGUUAACUAUUUUAUCACAGAUAAUAGGCAGUGGUUUAUAUUUGAUUAGGAAAAUGUUUAUAUAUAGCCCUUAAAUGGGUUAUUGACUGUACAGCCCUGUGGUUCUCAAACUCUGGUUUGUAGCCUGCUGAUUUUGCACAGAGCUGCUUCCUGAAGCAGUGAUGCUUUAUGCUAAUUGUAGUUUAAUCAAACUUAAGAGUUUUGAGAGGUUCUUUUGAACUACUUAAACAAAAUAAAACAAAACAAAAAAAUCCAAGUCCCACAGAAACCAAAGCCCUCUAUACCAGGUUUGGCUGUUCCAUGGGCUUCUGAAAGGUGGCUUUUUUAGUGUAAAUUUACAAAGUAUGGUCUUCUGGAAAUGUAAUUAAAAAAUGAGAGGGCAAUGUUACCUCUAGGGAGAGGGGGAUUUGGGACCAGCUGUUCUGUGUGGUAGCUUCCUUUGACAACCAGCAGAAACAGAGUCAGCACAACUAGCAAGAGUUGAUCUUUAUCGUAGGAACUGUGCUGAUUCUUGUGCUGCACAGGGCAAAGUAUAGCAUGCCUAUGGUUGAGGUGGCCAAUGGCCCUGAGGGAAGCUACGCUGCCAGGUAGGAAAGAGGUCCUACAGAAGAGAGGCAGGUGGCCUCUGGAGUGCAGCUUCCAUCUCCAGCAGAUUCUUGGAAUUGGCAGGGUUUGGUGCCCAUGUUCCCUGUGUUACUAAAUAUCCCCUUCCUCUUUGAAAAGAGCAUUGGUUGGGAGGGCUGCAAGUUGACCCUGACAUGUAAGUUACUCAUUUUGCACAUUGGCUGAAUCCAAAUCAGUGAAUCAUGCUGCUUUACCAGUGUACCUCCAUUUUCCAUCCUCCUUCCUCAGAAUAUGUAACUGGCACUGUUUGUUGCUGAAUUGAGCCCAGAGGUUAUGGAUGACCUGUCCACUUGUGUAAUAUAUCAAAACUCACAUAUAGCAAACUUUGUUCCCAACGUUAAUUAGACUGUGAUUAGUAUGAUUUAUUGUCUUACAAUAUUAUGGUUUCUGUUCUGUCCUUUGUUGAUAUACACAUUUAUUUUUGAAGCUUAAUAAAAAAAACCCUUCUACU